GGGCGUGGCCGGCCCCGAGGGGGAGGGGGCGUGGCCUUCCCGGCAGCGCCGGUCACGUGGCGCCGCGGCACUUCCGCGAAUGGCGACGCGGUAGCGGCGGGGCCCGAGCGGCGGCGGCGGCGGCGGCGGCGCGGGACGAGCGCGCCCGACUCCGGCCCCGCCCCCCCGCCCCGCCCCCGGCACCGGGGCCGCCCCCCCCGCUCCGCUCCCCCCCCCAAAACACCCCACCGGGCCAAGAUGGACAACGCCGAUCUCCUGCCCUUCCUCCUGCCGCAGGACUGGGGCCUCCAGGAGCCGGGGGGGGCCUCGCCCGGACGCCUGGGCCCCUUCGCCGAGCCGGGGGGGGGCGUCCCCUUCGUGGAGAUCAUCGAGCAGCCGAAGCAGCGGGGGAUGCGGUUCCGCUACAAGUGCGAGGGCCGCUCGGCCGGCAGCAUCCCCGGGGAGCACAGCACCGACACCACCAAGACCCACCCCACCAUCCGGGUGAACAACUACCGGGGCCCGGGGCGGGUGCGGGUGUCGCUGGUGACCAAGGAGGCGCCGCACCGGCCGCACCCGCACGAGCUGGUGGGCAAAGACUGCCGCGACGGCUACUACGAGGCCGAGCUGGCGCCCGAGCGCAGCGUGCACAGCUUCCAGAACCUGGGCAUCCAGUGCGUGAAGAAGCGGGAGCUGGAGGCGGCCGUGGCCGAGCGCAUCCGCACCAACAACAACCCCUUCAACGUGCCCCCGGAGGAGCAGCGGGGCGACUACGACCUGAACGCGGUGCGGCUCUGCUUCCAGGUGUGGGUGCGGGACGGGGGCGCGGGGGGGCUGCGCCCGCUGCCCCCCGUCCUCUCCCAGCCCGUCUACGACAACCGCGCCCCCAACACGGCGGAGCUGAAGAUCUGCCGCGUGAACCGCAACUCGGGCAGCUGCCGCGGCGGCGACGAGAUCUUCCUGCUCUGCGACAAGGUGCAGAAAGAGGACAUCGAGGUGCGCUUCUCGGCGGAGGGCUGGGAGGCCAAGGGCUGCUUCUCGCAGGCCGACGUGCACCGGCAGGUCGCCAUCGUCUUCCGCACGCCGCCCUUCCGGGAGCCGGCGCUCCGGGCGCCCGUCACCGUCCGCAUGCAGCUCCAGCGGCCCUCGGACCGCGAGCGCAGCGAGCCCAUGGACUUCCGCUACCUGCCCCACCACGGUGACUUCCACUGCAUCGAGGAGAAGCGCAAGCGGACGCGGGAGACCUUCAAGUCCUUCGUGCAGAAAACGCCCUUCGCAGGCCCGGCGCCCCCCGAGCCGCGGCCCCCCCGGCGCAUCGCGGUGCCGACGCGGCCCGGCCCGGCCCCCCGCGCCCAGCCCGGCCUCGCCCCUCUCCUUGCAGCUCUCCUGCCCCCCGCGGCCCCCGCGGCCCCCCCGGCCUUCGCCUUCGGGGCCCCCCCCGCCGCCGCCGCCGCCCCGCCGCCCGCCGCCGCCCCCCCCCUCGCCCCCCCGGGGGCCGUUUUGGGGGCGAAGGCGCCGCUUUUGGGGCCGCCCGAGGCCGAGCACCUCUCGCAGGCGCUGCUGCAGCUGCAGUUCGAGGACGGGGGGGGCGGCGGGGGCGGCGGCCCCCCCCCGCCGGGCCCCCCCCCGCCCCCCCUCGACCUGGACCUGGGGGCGCUGCUGGCCGACGGCCCCUUCCCGGCCCUCGACACCAUCAACGCCGCCGACUUCCAGCGGCUCCUGGGGGGCCCCGAGCCGCCGCCCCCCCCCGCCGCCGCCCCCCCGACCGGCGGCCCCUUCGGGGGCGGGGGGGGGGGCGGCUUCGGCGGCCCCCCCACGCUGCUCGCCUACCCCGAGGCCAUCGCCCGGCUGGUGCAGGGCCAGCGGCCCGGCGGCGCCCCCCCCGCCGAGGAGCCGCCCCCCCCCGAGGAGCCCCCCCUGCCCUCCCUGGGCGACCUCGACUUCGCCGCCUUCCUCAGCCACUUCCCCUCCACCUAGGGGGUGCGGGGGGCAACUGGGGGGCACUGGGAGCCGCUGGGGGGUGACUGGGGGGCGACUGGGAGAGACUGGGGGGCGACUGGGGGGCACUG